UACUUGAGCUUAGCAACAGGUCACAUCACGAUGCAGUGCCUUGCAAUCUUUUGCGGUCAUAUAGGCCUUGACGUGGCACAGGAUCCGUGCCUUGCAGUCUGACUUGUUUUUGUCAUUCUAGAAAGUGAUGAUUGACUCGCAUAAAAUCAAUGUGCGAUCCUGCUUGGAUGAUACUACCACCAAAUCACCCUCCUCUCACGACUCCACAUUGACAUUGCAGCGCAAUGAUCUACAAACUCUUCUUUGCGACAUUGUUGUUUCCACUCAAGGGAGCACUAAUAAGAUGGCGGGCAAACUUCACUCCCAAAGUUCAACUUGUUCCAGAAUUGCCCUUGGUCGACGAUUUACAACACGUCUCUCAGCCUCGGUCGUUGGUAGGUGUGUUGCGACGAGUUAACGCAGAAGAAGGAAUUGACGGGUUGUACAAAGGAAUUCUCCCUACCCUCGGUUUCAUGUUAUUCUGGGAGCAAAUGUCUAUCCCGUCCAUUGUGGUAAUUGGAUAUCUUCACUUCGGGGUGUACGACCAGAGUAUUGUUCUCAUAAUUGCUAUCGCUUCUCUCGUCAAAAUCAUCGCAACCGUGAUCGAGGCUGUCUUUGUCAAUCGGGCUGUAACAACUCGGGAAGACAUCUCUUCAUUCUCCUUACGACGAGCGCUUGAUGCAUUACUCUCUCCGACUGAAAGAAAGCACCCUUAUCGCAUAUUUAGCAUCCCGGGCUUGCUUGCGACCUGCACUUUAUGGGUUUUGUAUAUCGUAGGCACAAUUGGAGCACGCCACUUUCUAUUCGUCAAAAAAUUUCCGGAGAACUUUGGGAACUGGGAGGACAUGAGGCCCCACAUUCCUCUCUUGGUUGGGGCCGUGAUUUUUUCGUUCGCGCUUAAUGCUCUGGUGCUCACUCCACUGGAAGUUAUGAUGGUUCGAUUGUCUAUCCAAGCCAAGGCGGCCCAAGUUGUACUUCUUCUGGAUACACCACCGGUUGAAACUAGCGGGCCUGUCAGACUAAGGACUGAUAAAGAUGGAUAUACCGGACUUAUCAGUUGCGCGAGGCUGAUCAUUGAGGAGGAAGGUUGGGGUGCGCUUUAUCGGGGGUGGUGGUGGACAGCUUUCCGUGGUAUACUCUUUAUUUGAGUUCUUGCAGAGUAUAGAAAUAUUCCUGCACUUAAUAAUUUGGCUUGACGUUUGUUGACAAUAUGAUACCCACGGCACACGAAGUCCGGCAGUAGACCCUAUACUUAGCCACGAGGCAG